AUGGAGAGGGGAGCGGACGUACGGAGCAGUUACUAUGGUCCCAGCAGCUCCGGCCCGAGCCAGAGGCCGUGGAAGAAGCCGCACCCGACUGCUCCAUCACUGCCCAGUCCUGGAGGAUCAUCACGACGGGACCUGAACCAAGGCACACAGUUCUCAGCAGUUCUACAGGAAAGUGGGACGCGGCUCUUCUACCAGGUGAAACCGUCCGGUCGGAGGAGAGUCCUGAAGAUGGUCCCUGGCAGGCCGGUCCAGACCCACACCCCAAUCCCACCCUUCGCCCGCACCAAGUCCUCCCUGGUCUCCCUCCAGUCCAAGUCCCACCUGGUCUCCCUCCAGUCCCCUCCAGUCCACAGGGCGUCCGGACAGUCCCUGGUGACCUCGGACCUCCGGGAGUUCAGGAGGGUCUUAGGUCGUGACCGUAGAGAGGGGAGGUCUGAGCUGGUCCUCCGCCUGCCGCAGAGACCCGAGGGCCCCAGUGUGUGGGUGGUGCAGGAGAAGAUCUCUCUCCCUCCGGCUGAGGAGGUGCAGGGGGUGGAGGGGGUGGAGGAGGUGCAGGGGGGACCGGACUGUGCUGUGGUGAUGUGGGAUGACCGCAUUUUCUUCAGAGUCCAGAAGGAGCUGGUCGACCUCUGCACAGAUGAGGAGGAAGAGGAGGAGGAGCAGGAGGAGGUGAUGUUUGUGGGCUGCUCUCCUGCUCAAACAGCUCAGGAGAAACCAGGGGUUACUCUGGCUCCUGGGGGCCUCUCCACACCGACUGUGUCUAGCAGAGAAGGGCCCAAAUCCAGAGGACAGGACCUGCAGACUCCUGAUCUCAGACUGAGGCAGUCGUUUGGCAUCACCUCUGAGCUGAGGGUUCGUCUUCCGCGCCUCAACUCUCUGGCUCCGCCCCUUGACUACACUCAGCCAAUCGAGGAGGACUUCCUGUGUGACGUGGCCCCGCCCCACGCUCAGGACUGCCCCCAAGUGGAGGCCACGUCCAGCCGCGUGGGUCGCACCCGUAAACGCACCAGGUGCCCCUGCUGCUCCCCGGCAGCACUGCUCCACCAUGCCCACAAGAGGAGACCCAAACCUGGGGACCGGCGGCCAGGGGAGGGGCCAAGGAGGGGACUGAGGCUGGACCACAGAGACCCGGACCUGAGGCCGGAGCACAGAGACCCGGACCUGAGGCCGGAGCACAGAGACCCAGACCAGAGACCAGAGAACAGAGACUCAGACCUGAGGCCGGGGCACAGAGACCCAGAGACCCAAACCCAGACCAGCGUUGGGAGUAACACAUUUCAAAAAGUCACAGAGGCCCCGCCCCCCUCAGAGGCUCCGCCCCCAACGGAGUCUCCUCCACCCACAGAGGCCCCUCCCCCCUCAAGCUUUCCAUCCGAGGCCCUGCCCCCCACUGAGGCCACACCCCUCACAGAGGCCCCUCCCCCCUCAAGGUUCCUAUCUGAGGCCCUGCCACCCACAGAGGCCCCGCCCCCUACUGAGGCCACACCCCUCAAAGAGGCCCCGCCUCCCACAGAGGCUCCGCCCCCCUCACACAUGGAGCUCUGUCUGCAUCGAGACAUCGAGCUCCUGAGGAAAACUCUUCAGCAGAAGGAGGCGGAGCUAGAGGCCCUCAGGAACAACAGGACCUAA